UAGAUAACUACAAGUUUGAUUUAAAAAUGGUUAUAGUUCAGUAGUUCAAGAAAGUAAUGUUAUUGUUAAUAACGGAAAUUCAAAAUUGUUUUACGUAGAAAGCAAAAAAGUAUGAAGUGUUUUAUCUGUGGUUAAUAGAAGAGGUUAUAUUGUUUUCUUGUAUAAGGUUUUCAAGAUAUUUUAAAUUAAACAACAAUUUUACUCUAACGAAAACAUUGUGAGACAUGUCUAGUACAGCGUUAGCUUCCCUUACUGCAACCUACACUGAUUCUGAGGGAGAAGAAGGAAAUGAAGAAAAUGAAGAAGCUCAAGGCACAGUAACUAUAAAUACUCCUACAGGUACUCCAGACAAUAAAUCUUCAUCAACAUCAAGACCUUCAUCACCUAUACCUGCAAAAGUGACUUCCAAAGUAAAAAAGUUAGUUUCUUAUCAUGAUGAUACUAUUGUAUCUGAUGAAGAAGGGGAAAAUAAUGAAAAUAAUAUUAAUAUAGAUGAAGACUCAAAUGAUUCCAAUGUUGUAGUUGAACAGAAGGAGGUUGUUCUUGAAGAAGGUAUAGAAUUACCUCCUGAACCUCUUGGACAUUGUUCUACUGAAUUACAAGAAAAAAUUUUAAGAUUGCAUGAAAAAAUGCAAAACAAUGCACUUGAUAUGAAUGCAGUCAUACAGCAAAGAAAAGAUUUUCGAAAUCCAAGUAUAUAUGAAAAGUUAAUUCAGUUUUGUAGUAUUAACGAACUUGGAACCAAUUAUCCUGCAGACAUAUAUGAUCCUUUAAAAUGGGGAAAGGAGUCUUUCUAUGAAGAUUUGGCAAAGGUACAAAAAACUGAAAUGGAAAAGAGAGAAAAGGAGCGAAAAUCAAAAGUAGAAGUAAUGUCAGGUACGAAGAAAAUUGAAGAAGAUUCAAAGAAGCGGAAAAGUAAGUGGGACCAGCCUGGAGGUAAUACUUUAAAUUCACAAUCUAUCAAACCUGCUGGUUUGGUACAGCCUUCUCUCACAAACAGUGCCACGGGGACUAAAUCAACAGUGAUUUCUGCUUUUGGUUCAUUACCAAAGAAACCUAGACCCUAAGCAACCUUUUUAUUCAACUAAAAUAGUGAGUUUUUAUUUGAUUCUUAUUUGGUUGUUUGUUUCUGUUGUCUUAAUGCAUAUUAUUCCCCAUUUGAACAUAUUUACGUAAUUAUUUAUUAAAUAACAGGUCAGUUACUUUCA